CAACGGAAUUUUCGCGGUUCAACUUGUUUUGCUCGCGGCUUCAUUCAAAUGUAAAAGCAAAAUCAAAGAAAUAGCUUGUGAAAGCGUUGUUUUUCGUUGUGUGAUGAAAUUUCGAUUAAAGUAAUUCAAAAAUAUGGAUGAGGUUUUAGUUAAUUUAAAAUCCAUCGAAUAAAACAUGAAAGUGAAGCAAACGGUGUUAAAUUAGCUAAGCGAUCCAAGCAUUCCGCGUUUUUGGCUAAAGUAGCCGGUUUACAACGACGCAAAAAGAAAAAAAAAAUACGGACAAAUGGCGCUUUUGAGUGGGGCUCGUUUGUAUGUUCUUCGGAAAAGCGGUGAUGGUGUUAUCCGGGAAGUUCCCAUCCGGAGCAGUUUUGUGAAGUUUGGGUCGGAACUACAGUGCACUAUUCGGUUGAAAAGUGAGCUUACGGAGCAGCUUCAUUGCAAAAUAUUUGUAAAAAAUGACAAGGUCAUGAUAGCAAACUAUUCCUCGAAAAAUCCAAUUUCAGUCGAGGGCAAAGUAAUCACGAGACGUGGAAUUUUGUCCAAUGGAAACAUUAUAGAGGUAUGUGGUACUCGUUUUCGAUGGCAGUUCGAUGAAUCCCUGCUCCAAGCUCGAACCGAGAGAACAAAAAAGGGCCAACCGACACCGACUAGCUCCAAGUUCAGUAAACCUAGACGUACAACGAUGGUAGUCAAGAAGUUGCAGCUUGCCGAAGGCAAAAAGCCGCCUGUUGAUACAGGAUCUGGUAAAAAAUCGGGCCCGAAAAAGUCGCGGAAGACGCCAACCUACACGUUACCCAAGAAUAACAAACAACUGUUGAAAACCAUCAAAAAACGAUUUACUAUGCAUAGUGUUAUGGUUGAUAACCAUUCAGACGAUGAAGAUGAAGAGAUAGAAGAAGAUGAACACGAUCAAAAUGAGAGCGCAUCUGUUAAACCCGUGCCUGCGACUCCCACGAAAUUGGUCACUCCAGAUGUGUCGAAAAACAACACGCCAUUUUACACACCAGAGCCGGAGAAGGAGAAUCAAACACCAGUACCAAUCGGAAAGACACCGUGUACACCAAAAACUCCCUCUUUGGAGAACUCUGCGAUGAUGAUUCUAUCCUACACGCCAGUCAUUGGUCCUCGCGCCAAAACCAAUUUACAGAAAACUCCCGCAACAAUGAAUAAAGCCGGAACACCCCUAUCUCGAUCCGGAUACUUGACACUCAGGAACGAGAACGUAUCUAUGAGCAACACGCCUGCUAAAAGUAAAAAUGUUGCAAAAGUUGGAAACUCAAUGUACCUUAUCGACCUUACGUCUCCUGCUACUUCCAACAAUAGCAGUUUUACCUGCAGCCUAACGGAUACUUCUUUUUCGUCUUCGUCUGGGCCGAUAGAUUUGAUAACCCCUCCUCCGAAUAAGUUGAAAACUCCGUCAUCCACAGUAGCCAAAUCAGCUCAAAAAGGUUUGUUACGCUCAGCCUUGAAGAACGCCAGCAGAACACCUGUUAGCGCACUGCGUUCUCGUUUAGCAAAGGAUACUCCGAAGAGUGUGACGAAAAUCAGACUCGAUGAAUCAAUUGGUUCCAAAUCCACACUAACGCCAACGAAAGGUCGCACCAGUAGCCGGCCAAUCACUCCUGUGAGCACAUCUAAAGGCAAGCUAAAAAGCGAAUUGUCGAAAACUCUGCCGGUUGAUUCCCCCUCGGAUUGUGUUGCUUCUGGGAAGUCAGAUACGCCGAGUGUUGUCCCAGUUUCGGACAAUAGAUCACCCAAAGCAACAACUACCGCCAUGACCACCGACGAACUUUUUGAUACCCUAGUUGGCAGAACAUCCGUGAAGAAAACAUACACUCGAAAGUCAGAGUCUCCGAAGAAAAUGCCCUCGCCGUUGGUGGUUGCUGAAGGUUCAAGUGAUUUACCGAAAACGGAUGUAGAUCUAUGGGUGGAGUCGGUCGUGGCUGCAGUCACAACGCCAAACCGCACCACACAGGUCCGAUUAUCUCAAUACUCUGACAUAACUCCCCAUGAAUCCUUCUCAGCCGAUCCAGCGGCCACAAAUAUCGAUUCCCAGCAAAUAGAGACCAACAAAGAAGCAAUUGGGCUGACUGCGAUCGCUGAUGAACUGGAUAAAAUGGAUGACAAACCAAGCCUUCCCAGUGAAUCCCGGAAAAGUCAUACACCAUUUUCUAGUAAGAUUGUUCGUUCAUUGGGCAAUAAACGACAAACAAUUGGAAACUUUUUCUCAAACAUGUUCGGUAAGUUGACAGUCAGCCCUGUCACCAGAGUAAGCAUCACUGACGAACAUCCUAGCGAAGAAAUUGAAGAGGCCCUUAAUCGUAGUAUUGGGCAUGAAUCUGAUGGCUCUGAAGAAGUCUAUCACGAUAGCGAAUCAGACCAUCCCCCAGAAUCAGACGUUGUAUUGGAACCAGGUUCGAAGCCCAGUCCAAAUCUACGACACUCGUUGAGAGAUACAAGAAAAUUCAUCGGCAAUGCAUUAACAUCGUUAAAUACUUCAAGAUUGACGAUGGACAAUACAGCAGACAUUGACGAGAGUCUACUGCUGAGAGAUGACGAAAGCGUCGAUCAAAACGAAGAAGAAGAGAAUUACGAUUUAACGGAUUUAAGCUCCAGACCUGACAACGCACAUUCGAUCAGCGAAAGUCUUAAUGACCAUUCAAGGCUAACUACUCCUGCUAAAUCAAAUAGGAAGACUUACUCGCGAGAUUUCCGAGCUGAAAUAUCUCCGUUUGUCGCUGGCGAUAAUCGGCUCGCACCAAUUUCCGUUUCAACGCCAACUGGCCGAAGGAGCACCCGAAAAAGACCUGAUGUUGAUGUCGACAUCAGUCCUUUGGCCGUUUCUCUACCAUAUACGCCGGGCAGAACUUCACCACAAUCCGAAAAUUCAACGGUACCGGAACAGACAACUUCAAUGCGUGUAGACGACGAACCGGAAAAGUCGAUUGAAUCUUUCGAGAGCAAAUCUAUCACGAGCGAGGAUAAUUCAACGAUAGCCACUUCGGCUAAUUCUACACCUAGGCAAUCAAUAACAGCAAGCUCUGCAAAAAGAGGCGCCGAUGACUUUAGUCCUGAUGUUCGGCUGUCUAGUGACAUGGGCGCUAAUACGACGCAAGAAAAGCACGUACAUACUGGAGACGUACCAUUUGAUAAUCAUAGCACCUUGGAGCAAUCAAAUUUGGUAGAACAGCUCAGUGAAGCCGAUAUGGAUAACCCCGAAAAAGAAAAAGAGGAAAAUACCAGCACUUCUAGUAAGCGCCAAAUUAUUGCUGAUGCACCAACAUUGUCGACUUCAAUACUUCUCCAGAGAAGAAGAACUACGGCAUCCAUUCCACGAUCAGAAAUUAAACAAACUAAGCGACAUUCGAUAGCAAUCGCGAGUAGCGCGUCACCUAGCAGCAAUUAUAUGGCUAUUGGAACGCCACUACUGAAUGAAUCGAUUCAAACAAUGGAACAUUUUCCAAUGCAGGAAGAAUCCAUGAAUACACUCAGCGUUUCUCAAAACGAUAUCGGUUCACAUGUUGAGCAGGAAUCAGAAAAUACUGCCGUGGAAAACGAAGUGCAAGCCGAUGUCACUAUUGAUAGCUCUAUCGUUUCCAGAGAAGCGUCGCCAGAUCGUAGCACAGCCACGCAUAAUGUUAGCAACAAGUCUGAAGUAAUGUUUGAAAAAGCGCAGGACGCCGCACUACAGGAAUCGGAUCCAUCAGAGGAAGUUGUUGAUCGAAAUCAAUCGACUGGUUCUGGAACGGCAUCCAACACCCCUGUUCGUCGAGGAAGGAGCUCUCUUAGGCAGAGUGGAACAAUCAAUGAUAACAAUCGGAUAAGCAUGACCGUCGGAAAACAAAUUAAGAAAAAUUCAAAAGACACACCUCUUCUAAAAAAGGCCAUCUUAGCGAUGUGUACUCCUACUCGUACAUUGCGGAAUAAUGCAGAAAAGACAGAUUCUAAAUGGGAGUCGUGUUCUUCGCGGCAAUCAACGAUUUGUGAAAUUACAACAGUUAGUCAAGCUGGUCAGCAGGUUUCCUCAAGCUUGGCUGUUGAAGAAGCAGUUGAUUCAAAUGCAGAGAGCCCUUCGAAAACAUGGGACGCGAUUACUUCAUCAUCGUCUGUACAUACUCCUCGGAAUCGGAAAACUGCUUCAAAAACUGAAACACCAGUGACAUCGCCUCGGUUAGCGCUGGCUGAAAUUUCUGCAUCAUCAAUUCCAAAUACAGAUUCCGCCACAACGAUGACGGAAGAAGAAAUGCAUUUUGUCGAUGAAGCAACAAAUGAGGAAACAUCGUCUCCAAAAAGAGCAUCAAGAAUAAUCACCGAUGACGCUAUGAGAGAGUCGAUACUAAUCGGCCGAAGUUUUAAUCACACUGGAAUUGACUUACGGAAUGAAUCCACAGAAACUGGAAAUGGCUCCAACCAUCCACACACUGAAUUCGAGGAACAAUCGUUAGUUGGGCUAGCGGAACUUUCGGCUUCUUCAUUGGCUUCCGACUCUUUUGGGCAUAAUCAAACAAUCAACGGUGGCGCUCGACUAAGCCUGACCACUGAGAAGUCAGGUAAAAAGCGUAAUACUGGAACACCACUAUUGAGGAAAGACAUAUUUGCAAUGUGUACUCCCACUCGUACUUCACGAAGCAGUCUCAAAACGUCGAUUACCCUGGAAAGAACUACAGCACGAACUUUGUCGCGGCGAGCGACGAUAGACGAGUUGACAUUAAAUGAUAAUGUCGCGAAAGACGGUUCCACGUUGGACAUUGUAGAUAAUGCAACUGUUUCGAAUGCGGAACAUACGGUAGAAGACUUGGAAGUUUUCGUGACAAUUCCAUCACCGCCCACCAAAACUUUGCAAGCAGAAGCACCAUUGUCAACCUCUUCGAUUGUAUCUGUUAAAACGCCAUCAUCCGGAAGGAAAUCGGCAGCUGUACCAAUUACAUCAGGAGAGAAACAGCAAAUUGACGCUCCAGUUGUUGAAUGUGAAUCAGAAACCGAGGACAACUCUCCAGUCUUGACAUCGGAACUAUCCAUUUCGAAUAAAGUUUCAACAAGAACAUCACGGCGACUUACUAAGGAUGCUACGCUAGUUCGUCAAAGUCUAGAUCCUACGAUCAUCGAAUCACUAGAUGAAUCCGCUUUGGUGGAGAGUGUGAAUGAGUCCAAACAACUAUGCACAGAGGAACCAAAAGAACUCUUCAAGGCAGAAGCUGUUCCAUCUUCGUUCACCAAAACUUCGAAAGUAGAACCACCGUUGUCAACCCCUAUGUCAGUAACUGUUAAAACACCAUCAUCCGGAAGGAAAUCGGUAUUUGAAAAAUUGCCGGCUAUAUCUAUCACAUCGGAGGAGAAAGAGAAAAUUAACGCUCCGGUUGUUGAAUGUAAAUCGGAAACCGAGAACAACUCUCCAGUCUUGACAUCAUCGGAACAAUUUAUUUCGAAUAAAGUUCCAACAAGAACAUCACGGAGACUUACUAAGGAUUCUACAGUAGUUCGUCAAAGUCUAGAUCCUACGAUUAUCGAAUCAGUAGAUGAAUCCGCUUCAAUGGAGAAUGUGAAUGAGCCCAUACAAAUAUGUACAAAAGAACCAGAAGAAAUUUUGAAGGCAGAAGCUGUUCCAUCUCCGAUGAAACUUGCAAGGCUUACAAGAGGCAGGGCUUCUAAAUCCGAUACACCUGUCACCACUCCAGUAUCAGCCAACGCGAAACAAGUAGUCGACACACAAACGCCAUCGUCCUUAAGGAAGUCCUUGCUGAAAACUCCACAGCAGGUGGGGAAAAAUGUCGAAGCAAUUGUUGAAAAAAUCAGCAUCGCAAGCACAACCGCAGAGGUUAGCACGCCUGAGAAAAACACCGAUAUAUCCCGAACCGAGUCGACUCCGAUUUUCAAAACCCCACGUCCGGUUCGCGGAACACGAACUCCUCUUUCCGUGUUAAAAAGAACCCCAGCUACCCCGGCAACUCAAGUUAUCGAUUCUGAUCAAAUGGAGAGCCAUAUAAAUGAUACAUCAAUUACCCCUACUGAAUUGAGUUCAUUUGCGGUUGCUGAACUUUUCAGCACCCCUGUUGGUGAUAAGAAGUCUACGUCUAUGACUUCAACGAUAAGAAAAUCAGAUACUCAUCAGGAGAAUGUGAUCGAUAAAAAUGUAACUGAAGAGCUACCUUUGAUUGAAAGCUCCGCCGUGUUUUGUCCUGAACUGCUGCAACAUCUUUGCGAACGAGUCAUAACAUUGGAACACGAAAUGCAAAACCUAGAAGAUUCUUCUCAACAAUCGUUCGAUAUCACGGCAGGUAACAACACUGCCGCUCAGGAAGGAGUCAAACUUUUGGAAACACCAGCGGCGACCUCUACAGUCCGUAAGAAGCUGCGAUCAUCGGUAGCUUCAGCUGAGUUGAACGAAACGAUUGACAUUGGACAAGUAUUUAACGCCUCUGUACAUAAAUCCUCAUCGUCAGGUGAACCCUCAGAGCAAUCCGAAUUGAUCGAAACAUCAUACGAGGUUAGCAAAAAGUUGAAGGAUUCGAAUGAUACUCCCAUAUGCCUGGACAUUCCCCAUGACAGUUCGAUUCAAAACUCAUUUGUAAACAUGAAAGACGUUAGUCAAACACUGAAAACGCCAAUAUCCGCUACCAGAAGGCUGUCCAUAAAUUCGACACCAUCUCAUACUGCCACGAUAGAAGAAGAUAGAGACACGACUGUGGACAUGGAAGGUGUACAACAAAUGCUGGCAACUCCGGCAGCUAUGUCUGUUCGGGGCCGCAGUACAAGGAGUUCGACAACUGUCGCAGACAAUACAAUCCACUUGGACGGUGUUCGAAAGUUACUACAAACUCCAGUUGCAGUUAGAGGAUCUCCGAAUAAUUCGUGUAAUUUAGAAGGCGUUGAUCAAAUGCUCAAAACACCAUCUGCGGCGAGUGUGAAGAAAGUAGCAGCUAAGGACAUCUCUGUCAACUUGGAAGGCAUCGAACAUCUGUUGAAAACUCCAGCGUCCGUUAACAAACAGGUUUCUGAUAAAAUAAAAUCACUAGUCGCCAAGACAGAAGGAGAUAAUGACACUACAGUUGACAUGGAGGGUGUGCAGCAAAUGCUGGCAACUCCGGCACCUGUGUCUGCUCAAGGCCGUAACACAAGGAGUUCGACAACAGGUGGUCGAAAGCGCUUGCAAACCCCAGUUGCAGUUAAAAGGUCACCAAAUGAUUCGUGUAAUUUGGAAGGCAUUGAUCAAAUGCUUAAAACGCCUAUGGCGCGUCUCAGGAAACCAGCACCUAACGACAUCUCUGUUAACUUGGAAGGCGUCCAACAGCUGUUAAGCACUCCAGCGUCUGCAAGCAUACAGCUGGCUGAAGAACUGAAAUCACCUUCUGUCGCCACGACCGAAGAAGAUAGUGACUCUACAGGUGAUCUGGAGGGUGUGCCGCAAAUGCUGGAAACCCCGACAUCUAAGUCUGUCCAAGGCCGUAGUACAAGGAGUGCGACAAUCAACGCAGACAAUACCAUGCACUUGGAAGGUGUUCGAAAGCUCUUGCAAACUCCAGUUACAGGGUCAUCCAAUGAUUCGUGUAAUUUGGAGGGUAUUGAUCAAAUGCUCAAAACACCAUCUAUGGCGCGUGUGAGGAAAGUAGCAGCUAAUGACAUCUCUGUCAACUUGGAAGGCGUUGAACAGCUGUUGAAAACUCCAGCGUCCGUUAUCGAAGCGGUUUCUGAUAAAAUAAAAUCACUAGUCGCCAAGACAGAAGAAGAUUGUGACAUUACAGUUGACAUGGAGGGUAUGCAACGAAUAUUGGCAACCCCUGCUCAAGGCAUAGAAGGUCAUACAAGGAGAUCAACAGCAGUCUUAGAUAAUUCCAUGCCCUUGGAAGGUGUUCGAAAGAUCUUGGAAACUCCAGUUGCUUCUAGAGGGUCAUCAAAUGAUUCGUGUAAUUUUGAAGGUACUGAUCAAAUGCUCAAAACACCAUCUAUGGUGCGUGCUAGGAAAGUAGCAACUAACGACACCUCUGUUGAUUUGGAAGGCAUCGAACAGCUGCUGAAAACUCCAGCGGCCAUUACCAAAAAGCUAUCGAGAAAAUUAUCACCUUCUGUCGCCACGAUAGAAAAAGAUAGUAACACCACAGUUGACAUGGAGGGUUUGCAGCAAAUGUUGGCAACCCCGGCACCUGCAUCUGCUCAUCUCCGUAAUACAAGGAGGUCGACAAUCGUCUCAGAUAACACCAUGCACUUGGAGGGAGUUCAAAAACUUUUGCGAACCCCAGUUACAGUUAAAACUUCACCAAAUGAUUCGUGUAAUUUGGAAGGAAUUGAACAAAUGCUUAAAACACCAUCUGUAGCGCGUGUCAGCAAACUAUCAGUUAACGACACUUCAAUUAACUUGGAAGGCGUCGAACAGCUCCUGAAAACACCAUCAACUUACGUGUCUAAGAAACUAUCUAAAACGAUUGCCGCUGCAGAAGUUGAUGAAAACUCCUGCAUUGGCAUGGAAGGACAACCACAAAUGCUGCAGACUCCUAUUGCUAAAGAAGCCUCUGUGUCCUCUAAACAAACGGAAUGUUCGGCAGUGCAAUUGGAUGAUACAAUGAACUUGGAAGGUGUAAAAAUGCUUUUGAAAACUCCGAGAGCCCUGAUGAAAACACCGAAUAAUUCGUUCAACCUAGAAGGUGUUGAACAAAUGCUCAAAACACCAGCUGAGAUCACGAAGCGGGCAUCGAAGGACGCAUCUGUCAACUUGGAAGGAGUUCAUCAGCUAUUACAAACUCCUGAUGCGCCUGUUUGCAGAAAACAUUCCGAUUCAACUGAAGCAACUGAAAUGACAAACGGAGAAGCAUCCAAGUCUACUGAAGGUCUUUGUACGAGGAGUUCUUUAGCUGCAUUAGAUUCGCUAGGAGACUCGUUCAAUGAGACGUAUAAUCUUGAAGAUGUUCAACAAAUGCUCAAGACACCAUCUACAGGACAUGCUAAGAAAGAGAAAGUUAACGAAACAUCCAUUAAUUUGGAAGGUGUUGAGCAGAUACUGGGAACUCCAACAAUUUGCGAAUCCAACAAAAUAUCCGCUGUUGCAGAAUUCGAUUCAGUUUCACAGGAGUUAUUUGAAUCUUCAGAUGUAGAGAACAUGUCAAAUGUGCAGGCAGCUUCGACAGACGAAAACAUUGCUUUGUCCAUUCAGCACAUGGAUACUUCUACGUCUACGAGGAGGCGAACAACGAGAAGUUCAACAGGCUUCAACAGCGCUGAUUUUGAUGGUAUCCAACAGAUAAUGAAAACACCAAUCGGUACAGGAAAAACUUUGAACUCAACUUCUGUCAACAGUCAGGACCUAACAGGAGUUGGUGAGCUUGUGGAAACUUCAGUAUCAGCAGAAAAAACUGCAUUGCCCAAAACGCCAGGUGUGGGUAAUCUCGAAGGUUUACAACAGUUGUUCAAGACUCCAAUUGCUUCGUCAACUGUCCGAAAGCCAUUGAGAUCCGUAACAAGUAGGUGCACACCAUCUAUUAUCAAUGAGAGCAGCAAUUUGGAGGGAGUUCAACAGUUACUACAGACGCCAUUAGCAAAGCAAAGCAUUGAAUCGCUAAACGAAACUGGGAGUCUAGAGGGUGUUCAGCAACUAAUGCAAACCCCAAAAACUACCGAUCCAUUGGCAUCCAAAACCUUAAGUGACGAAACAAAUCUUGAAGGCGUUCAGCAGAUGUUCAAAACUCCGAUUACACUGUCGGUAACUCGCAAACCAGAUACAAUCAAACCGAAUCUAAACGAAAGCAUUAAUUUCGAUGGCGUACAGCAGUUACUUAGUACUCCGGUACCCUUGACUCGGACGAGAAGAUCAACCAAGAAUCGUGGAAGCAUUAGCGCAAACCUAGAGGGCCUAGAACAAUUAAUGAAAACACCUGCCAACAAGAGAAACAGUACAACAUUGCAUGAUGCUAGCCCUUCUGGUUCGGUUUGUGAGUCUCCAUCCUCAUUACCUGAUGCAAGAAAGCGAUUGCGAACAUCAGGUUUUAAUACACCUGAAGUGAGUUCUUGUCUUGCUGCUGAGGAAACAUCGUUCAGCAAUAAUACGACAUCGCUAGAAGGAAUUGAUCAAUUGUUGAAAACUCCGGUCACUACAACUUCUACGACGGACACAACGUCCACAACUCCACUUAACAGUGUGCAACAGCUAUUCAAAACGCCAAACCCUCCUUCAGCUCUAAAACGUCAAAUCAGACACUCUAGGGCAAGUGUCGGUAAACAGGGAUUCGAUAACAGUGCUGUUCUAAGAACAGCGGAAGUAUCUUCCACGACCGAUAAUUUGAAUGGAACACCUCUCAACGACACGGUCAACAUGGAGGGGCUACAACAACUAUUGGAAACACCAACCCAGACACAGCGAGCGAUAUCGACUGUAUUCGAAGAAUUCGUCAAUUUGGAUCGUGUCGAGCAACUGCUGACCUCGCAGAUUACUCCAGUUCUAACGGUAGAUCGAGAAACGCAGCCAGUAUCUGAAACCGUAGUUGACUCGGAUACGAGUAGCAAUCUUUUCUCACCUCCCGAGGACGGUCAACAAUCUUCUUCAGCCGUUGUGAAUCUAACCGGAAUAAUACAAAUGCUAGACACUUCGGUUAAUGAUAGAAUGACGGAAAAUACCAAUCAAAAACCCUCGACAAGCUCUACGAGCGUAAGUGAACAAACCCCAGAUGUAACCCCUCAAAUCGCGAAUCAAACUUCGGCUGCAAUUUCUGCAAAGAUGAAUGUGGAUGUUGCCUUGGAAAUAGGAACCCCAUCACAAAGAAUGCGACGCAAAUUGUACACCAAGAACGAUCCGGACGAUAAAACUCCAGAGCGGGUAAAAACAAGCGUGGUACGUCCUGUGACAAACAACGAAUAUCUUCAUAUCAUGGAUCCCACUGCUUCGAGUGAUAGCAAUAGUGAGGAGAAGAAGAGUCGCCUAGAUAAGAAAUUGACAGACGAUUCAACGGACUCGGAAUCAGAAAACUAUAGCGUUCAGGAGGAUAUCGAGCCCGUACGAAAAAUUCUGCCAUCCAGAGCAUCACGUAGGAACAUCAAAACAUUAUCCGAGGAGGAAUUGGCUGGAGCUUCUCCAGAGCUGAAAUAUGUUAAACCGAAAGUGGAAAAAAGUGUGGAAAAGCCUACCGUUGUACUGCCGCCGACAGAACUCUUGCGCACAAUAGACGAGGAAUCCGCUCUCAUAAUUCAGGACUUGUCCGCCGGUCGCAGAAAAGUGAUGUUCAACGAACAAAUUCAGAUUAAGGAGAUAAACUCGCCUGCAAUUGUUGGUGAGAUUAUCCAAAAAGUUUCUAGAGGACGAGGUGGCAAGCAUCAGAAAGCAGUCCAAGUCAUUGUAACGCAAUCCAACAAUGAACAACUUAUCAAGCCUGCAAGACGAGAAAACAAAAAAAUCCCAGAGGAAUCACCUGGAACGAAUGAAGAUCUUGAGUCUGAACAUCCGGCGGAAACCCUAAAUGAUGCAGACCCAUCAAAACGUUCUCGAAGGUGUGCCAAAAAAGUCAAUUAUGCUGAACUAAUCGACGUGGACACGAAAAAGACCGACGAAGCCCCUAAGCGAGCUAAACGCGGUGCAAAUAAAUUAAAUAAAGCUGAUGAUGCCGAUACAGACUUUUUACCAUCGGUCGAAAAACAACGUUCUAAGCGGGUAGCAAAGAAACAGGACAUGGAAAAGGUUACUGACCUAUCGAAAAAAAGUAAUGAAGACCAAAGUGCACCUUUGAACACAAACGACGAUGUCGGAGAAUCCACUGCUAACGCUACCGAAUCAUCAUCAAGUGCAGUCGAAGAGGCUUCUACAGAAAGAAUCAUAGAGGAACCCAUGCCGAACCGAGCCCGACGGGCACCUCCCAAAUCAAAACCAGCAUCUAGAAAAACUUCGUCAAAGACAAAAUCCAAGUCAACGGAACCUGAUACCGAUGAAAAAGGUGCAGAUGAAGCGAGCGGUAACGCCGAUAAGAAUUAUGAAGAAUCUCCGGAAAUGAAAGACAGCGGUGAAAAAUCCAACGCGAAUGCAACGGAAUCAUCAUCAAGUGGUGCAAUUGUCACAGUCGAAGAAUCCCAGGAAAUCGUAGAGAAAGAAAAGGACGAAGGUGAACCCAUACCGAAGCGUGCGAGACGAGCGCCUGCCAAGUCGAAAGCAGCGCCCAAACCAACCAGAUCAAGAUCCAAGAAAACAGAAAUUGUAAUCAGUGAAAGUGAGGAGGACAACGCGAAUGCGACGGAAUCAUCGGCAAGUAGUGCAACUGUCACAAUCCAAGUGUCCCAGGAAACCGUAGAGAAAGAAAACGACAAAGAGGAACCAAUACCUAAACGUGCGAGAAGAGCACCCACCAAAUCGAAAGCAGCGCCCAAACCAACCAGAUCAAGGUCCAAGAAGACGGAAAUUGUAAUCAGUGAAAGUGAGGAGGACAAGGUAGAAGCAACCGGAAAGCACAUUAAAAAGACCAACGAAGACAAAUCUGACUCUCCAACAAAGAAUGAAUCAAUUGAAGCAGCAAAAGAACAGAGGACUGCCAAGAAGACAAAGUCUGAGCCUAAAUCAUCAAAAGGAAGAACAAGGGAACCAAAUACAACGGAAGAUGCUGAUUCCCAACAAGAAACACUUCAAAUGUCAGAAACGAAUCCGGCUGAAUCGCAAGUAUGUCAAGAUCCUUCAACUGAAGAUACAAAGGAUAUGACCGAUGAGCCUUCAGCUAAACGAACUAGAAGACUCCCACCAAACAAAUCUAAGGAUAUCGUACCUAAAAAUGUUUCAGUAAAAUCUUCUAGUGAGAAUGAAAAGGACACCACUGAUACGGAAAUUCUUGAAGAUACGAACAAAAAAACUGCAUCCAGUAGAGGUAGACGUGGAGCGAAGAAAACAAUCGCUGGGUCUAGAAGCGUUAAAUCAUCAGAUAAGGAAGAAAUAGAGCCAGCAGAAUCGGUUGAGGAACACACACAACCAACACACAACUCUGUAGAAGAGAAAGUGUCCGAAACCGAAAGCAGAGAAAAAGAAAAAACUCCACCAAAACCAACUAAACGAGUACCUGCUACAAAAAGUAGACGGCUGGUCGCUGCCAAUAAAGUCAAUGAUGAUGACUCCAAUGCUCCGCAACAAGUUGCCGUGCAUACUUCCCCUACUAUGUCGAUAGUAAAAGCUGCAGUUGUUGAACAAUUCGCAGCAGAUUCCACUACGCAAGGUGAGUUACAGCCAGCUAAACGUGGUCGUAACGCUCGGAAACCAACAUCAACGAAAACCAAAGCUUCGGAGAAUGAAGCAACCGCGAUGCCACCACCUGCCAUGAUAAUUACUCCCGAACCGAGCCAGACAAACAAAAAACGUGGUGGAAAUCAAUCGUCCAACACUGCAACCACCCGAAGAGGUCGCCAAAAAGCAGUAGAAGAAGAAUCCCACCCAGAACUACAUCUAACCGUGGAAGAAUCGCUGAACGAAUCCCGCAUGGUUAAAAUGAUGCUGCCAUCUUCGCACACGUCAACUCCAUUGUUGCAAAACAACGAGGAUGUGUCCAGACCACGAAGUCGUCGCGCAGACAGUCAAACAGAUGAGUCGGAAACAAAAAUAAAGCGGUCUCGAACUCGUACUGUCUCCAGGAUGAAUUCCAUGGAGGAAUCUCAUGAGCAGCCCAAAACAGAAAGUAAUGUUUCUACGAUUGUCGAAGAAGAUGAAACAACCGAAGUGAAUGCCACACCGGACAUUAUUCCGUCCAGCAAGUCCCGUGCACGAAAGAACCCCCCAACCAAACGAGCACGAGGUAAGACAGCAGAAGAAUCCGAAGCAGAAAUUGUGGAGGUAGCGCCGAAACGUGCUCGGAAAACUGCCGCCAAGAAACUGGAAGCAGAACAAUCGAAAACGGAAGAUGAAGCAGCAGCAAAAACGAUUUCUCGUAAUCGACGGGGUGCCAAAUCUACGCAGAUAACUGAUAGUGCUGAAUCGGAAGAUGUGGUAACAAAGACGACGAGAAACAAAAAACCGGUAACUGCUAGGCGUAAGAAGGAUGAUGUCGUUGAACAUACUGAAGAUGAUGAUGUUGAGGAGUCAACUAGCAGUCGCAGACGACCAACGCGAUCGCGUAAGUAAAUUUGUCGUUUUGAGUCAAUCAGCUGUCGGCAUGGAUCUCGUAAAGCUUUUCUAAGUUGUUCAGAAUAGUUUCUUCCACUGAGAAAAAUAUUCGAUUUGACAUUGUUUUAAUUGUUAUUGGUUUUCUUUUAACUUUUUAUCUAACAACAUACUAAAUGAAACAUUGUAUUUUUUUAUAAAAUCACAUAUUAAUAUUAAACUAAGUUAUGCCCUGAUGUACCUAAAAUGUUCGUUGAUACUUCGAAAAUUCCAUUCAUUAAAUAAUAAAUGCGUGUUAUGCUUUAAAUCU